CGACAGUGUUUAUUUCAAGUUCAAAAUUAAUAAAAAUACUCAUAAAUAUAUAUAGUUAACUCUACAAUUUCAUUAACAUUAUCACAAAUAUCAUAUAUAAAAAUUAUACAUUAAAAAUGAAAAUAUAACAAGACAAAGUAUUUUUUUAAAAUUAAAUUAAUUGUGUACUUAUAAAUUUAAUAUAUUAUUCUUUUACCAAGAUGCAAAGUGCAAACGAGGGUGUACCAAUAAGAACUCUGCCCAAGACUUCUGAACAAUUCACAUUUCGUGAUUGGAAUAUAAAUUACACCCAAUCCCACAUAUUGCACAGUAUGUGCACAAGUCCUACAAAAUGCCAAGACACUCCCGAAGAAAAAUGCUUAUUAUGCAGCUACAACGAAAUAUUAGAAAUCCCUCAUCUACCCGACAUGGUCUUUCCUAAAAACGUUCUUGCUUUGAAAUACAAAAACCAUGGUACAAUCACCUUCAAUGCUUUGGAUGCCCUAAAACGUGUCCGAGACAUCCAUAACACCAAAAUAGCUUGUUCAGAGAUGUGGUUGGAAUCCCGUAAAGACAACCCUGAUACUUUGGAUACAAAAAAAAUCAAACCGUUUGACUGGACGUUCUCCACUGAUUACAAAGGUACUGUUAGUGAAGAAAUAACUGUAGAAACAACUGAGGAAGAAAUUAAUUUGGAUAAACUCAAAGUACGUGAGGAAAUCCUUUUCUAUCACGAUUUAAGUUUGUUUGAAGAUGAGCUGCAUGAUAAUGGUAUUGCAUCGUUAAAUGUGAAGAUACGAGUUAUGCCCUCAAGUUUUUUUAUCCUUCUACGCUAUUUUUUGAGAAUAGAUGAGGUCUUGGUGAAAAUCAAUGACACCAGAUACUUUUAUGAAGUUGGAAAGGAUUAUAUAAUACGGGAAUACACAUCUAAGGAGAACAAAAUCGAGGAGUUAACUGUGCCAAAAUAUUUGCUUAUAGAACCGAACGAGAUUGCUAAGCAUUUAAGUCUGCAAACAAAAAUAUGUGAAAAGCUUACAUUACCCAAAUCAUAAAACUUAACGUUUUGAUUCAUGUUUUUUGUUUUUGUUAUAAUUUAUUAGUGGGUAUUUUUUAUUGUAAUA